CCAGGCCAAUCGCGGCUCGGGACGGGUCCUGACGGACGGUGACACGCCGGCUGUGCGGCCAAUGGCGGUGCCGGGGGAGUGGCUACGCAGCCGGCCCCGGGAGCAGCAGCCCGGCCAUGGCGGUUCGUUCCGCCGCUGCUGCCGGAGCGCCGCUGCCACGGGCGGUUCCUGCGGCUGCAGCGGCUGCGCGGGGCGGGGCGGGGGCCCGGGGGUGCGGCCCCGCCGGCCGGUGCCGGGCGGUCGCCGUGUUGCCCUCGGGCAGCAGGGGGGGUGCGUCCCGUUGAUCCCCCCCGCGCAGUUCCGCGGUUGAGAAUCCUCCUCAGCAACGCGCCGGGACCGCGAUCGCCGCCGGUUCCGUCCCGGAAAGCAAAAGUAACUCCAAACACUGAUGCCGUCCCAGUUCUGGUGCAAGAGGAAGCCAUGGAAACCAUCUUCAUGCGACUCGUUAGCUGACGUCCCUUCCCGGCCGUUUUGCUGCAGGUCACCAGACUAUCGACACCUCUGGAUUGGUCACGGACCUGAUGGGAGCCGUGGGAAAACGGAAAGGGAAGGUUGGAUCCCGUGGGAAAUGGGGACAAGAAUCAAGGACCGCGCUACUGCUGAUCCUCUUCGUCACUCGUUGUGAGGAAGGUGCCUGAGGGAGAAGAGAGAACAGCCACCGAUGUCCCCCAGCGCAAGGUGGACGACGGUUCCUGGGGCAAAGAGGUGAUCCAGGGCAUGUGGAAAGGAAAAGAUCCCGAAAACAUGACAGCCCCAAGAUGCCACAUCCAGUGUGCAGCUUCCCCCGAGCUUCCUCCCAGCUGUGGUCAGCGGCUUCUCCUUCAUUAUCAGCCCUUCCUGCCCCACUGAUUGCCCAGCUCGUGUCAGAUGGCUGGAGAAGGUGGUUCAGAAACACCGGGCAGGACAAGGCCAGCAGGCAGCUCGCUGCUCUCCUGGACAGGCCGCCACGGAGCCCUGAGAAGCCCCUGGGUCGUGUGCCGUGAUGGUCACAGCCUCGUGAUGCUUCUGGGUACCCUUGGCCUCUUGGCCACAAGGACACAUUGGUGACUUGUGGCCAACCUGAUGUCAACCAGAACUCCCAAGUCCUUCUCCACAGAGCUGCUUUCCAGUGGGUCCACCCUCAAACUGUACUGGUACUGGACCCCCGUCUGUCCCAGGAGAUAUUCCAUGCCACUAACAUGCCUCCUUGCACUCGUUGUCUCAACGCCGAUCUCUCCUGGCUUUCCUCCAGCUGCUGCCGUUGGCUGUGUCCUCUGUGGACCCCUUUUACCCCCUGCGCUCUCCACAGACCCCAGUUACCAUUUCUGUUAUGAAGGGGAACAUCUCACUUUUCUGUGCAUGGCCAAGACGAUGAGGAAAAUUGGCAGAUUUUGGUUCUUCAAUCAAACUGGGGAGCAAAUCGACCUGCGAUCACUGUACCCCCUCCUGACUGCCUGGCUGCAGCUCACAGCUACAAAAGUGUCUGCUGGCGAGUGCUCAUACAUGUACUUCAUGGAGGACUCUGGACAGGAAAUCCCUUCCAAGCGGAGCUUUCCUCUCACCGUUGAGGUUCAGGCUGCUCCCGUGGCCCCAACUUUUUCCCUGGAUCCUCAACAGCAGGUUUAUAGAAACAGGAACUCCAUCAAGCUCCUCUGCUCCAUCCCCGUGUCUCUGGAUUAUGUCAGAGAAGUCCCAAACUACACUGACUUUGGACUUGCCGUCUCCAUCCCAGUGUCAAACCUGAAAAACUGCAACUACGAUCUCCGGCUGACGGGAGAUAACUCACGGGCUCUUACAGUUGUGCCUAUUUUGUGUACAAAUCUGCUCGUCCCAUUGGCUCAGAGAGAAGCCACUUGUGUGGACAAGCACAGGCACGUCACAAGAAGAGCCGGAGGCCACGAAUGCAAUUGCAAAGAGCAAGUUUUAUUUUAGUUACCUCUCUACUGGGGGAUCUCCAAAGCCACACCUAAGCUCCCAGGCAGAGGUGACACCAGCGGGGAUGCAGGCGCUGAUAAGUUUAGCCCUGCUGGAAGAUCGUUAGGCCGUCUGCGCUCGCCUGUGUUUAAAGGCUUAGAGCAGAUGCAGCCUCUUGCUGUGCUCUGCUCUUUCUCAAAACAAAGCAGGAAUCUCAGACAUGAUAAGGUACCGUAGGGUUUCCCUCAGGCCUGUGUUAUCUCACACAGAGGUUCUACUUGUCAAGCACACAAGGUCAGUAGAACAAUUAAUGUGAUGUAUGUGCUUUCUUUAUACCCCAGCUGCGGGUCACUCGAGCGUGUUUACCUUUCUCCUCCUCGCCCAAUCUUCUGCAAUUCCCAUGCAUUCCACCCCCUCGCCCAAGGGACCAUCUCUGCUGGGGCCAGAAUGACCAGAGGUGUUCACUUGGGCGUGUAAAGUUCAGAACAGAACAAUUUACAGAGAUACCCAACAAACACAUAUACAUAUAUAAAGAGAGAAAAGGAACAAAUAUAUGUGUGCAAUGAUAGGUUGCAUCUGGCAUCCCGUCUAUCUUCUCAAGGAAUGAGAUGAGUCUUUCGGCCAGGCACUGUCAGUGGAUUGCUUCAUUUGAUGUGUCAGUCCCACAAGUAUUUAGGUGUUAUCUUCCAUUCUGACUAGUUCAUUAGCUGUCUUGAAGCAGCACUUGCCUUAAAAAAUCAGGGCAGCAUCUUCAGCCACUACCUACCCAAGGCUAAAGAACAAUGACAAACAUUAAUGUGAAAAAAACAACCCAAACAAAACCCCUUGGCAUAAUACAUAUCUGUAGCAGAGCUAUUGCGUUACUAAAUGACAGUAAGAGAUCUGCAGCUGUUAGUCUUGUGGAGGUGUGUCCUGCAUAUUAUACUUGUAACAUAGGGUUACAAGCCAUGACGAGAAUCUCUGAUAAGUGAGGAAAACAGGGGCAUCUUCUCCUUCCAGUAAUACAUACGCUGUUGCUCCAGCUCCUUCAGCUAGUAUUACUCCAGGCUUGACAACCUGGUGUGGGGUAAUUACCCACACAGACUGGAAAGCCAUGGCCUGUGCUUUCUCAGAUUGAACUUCAACAUGACGUUGGGUCUGCCACACAAAUAACACCGUUCCAAUGCUGUCUCCUCUAGACAAAGCACAAGUAGUCAUUGAAGAUACCUGAAAUACAAGAACUCGAGAGUCCGAUAUUAGCAAAGGAUGCAACAUAAGAGGAGAAGUCAGAGGACACAACCAUACACCAUUCUCAGGAAUUAUUAUGUGGACUUUCACAUCCAGAUUAAUAGGUCACAGUCCCACUUCGCAAUCCAUCGGGGUGAAUAAUUCCAUUUCCCCUGUAGUUAGUAUUUUGGAAGAAAUGCCAUCUGGAAGGAUUUCAGUCUGCACCAUGUUUUGCACUGGGGGUGUUGCGAUGCGAUCACAGGGUGUUUGAUUAUGGAUAUUCCAACUGUUCAGCAAAAAAACUGCUUUAGUCAGAUGUGGGCUCCAAUGUUGCAAAGUUUUAGUACUGGUUAGUUUCUUCAGUUGUUCCUUCAACAUCCCGUUCAUCCUUUCAAUUAAACCAUUGGCCUGGGGAUGAUAUGCAAUGUGGAACAACCAGUCUACCCCUAACCCUUGAGCCCAGUCUUGUGCAUUACAUCCACUAAAGCAUGUCCCUUGGUCACUCUGUA